AUGAACCUGAUUUUCUGUUUGGCCACAUUGAUAGUGUGUGAGAUUUACUAUGAAGAACUUCUAGUGGUGAAGGGACAAUGUAAUUCUUGUUGGGCUUUUCCUGUGACUGGUGCCAUAGAAGCACAAAUUUUCAAGAAAACAGGAAAAAUGAUCCCACUGAGUGUACAGAACCUAGUGGACUGUUCUAAACCUCAAGGCAAUAGAUGCUGUCAUGGGGGUACUACAUACAAUGCCUUCCAUUAUGUUUUUCACAAUGGAGGUUUUGAGGCUGAGGCAACCUAUCCGUAUGAGGAAAAAGAAGGACUAUGCAGGUACAAUCCUAAGAAUUCAGCUGCUAAAAUCAUAAUAUUUGUGGCCCUUCCACAAAAUGAAGAUGUCCUAAUGGAUGCUAUAGCAACUAAAGGGCUUGUUGCUUCUGAAAUUAAUGUUGUCUACAGUUCUUUAAGGUUCUAUAAAAAAAGGCUACAUCCAUUUCAUUUCUCAGGUGUUUAUCAUGAGCCCAGGUGCAAACCUGCUCUAAAUCAUGCAGUGCUGGUGAUUGGGUAUGGAUUUGAGGGAAAUGAAACAGAUCCCAAUAACUACUGGUUGAUUUCUUUCAGCUGGGGUAAAUGA